CUUUACUGCUGACUAUUGUGGUCAGUGUCCACAUUAUGGUCAGUUGCCAACCCCGUAAGUUCUUUGCUUCGUGCCCAGGUGAGAGUAUAAGUAAGCUGCUGCCGCAUCCCCAUCGUAUUGCACAUCGUCAUCAAGCUAAGCAAAGAUUCACACAAUACCUAUACCACAGCAUCACUGCAUAUUCAAUCACCCAGACACAACCAUAAAGCCAAAAUGAGAAGACACAGCUCUGGUAACCUCACAGACUACCCCGAAACUCCAGAGACUCAUUCAUCAUGGCUAUCCUUCCUCAAAAAAAGCGGAGAACAAGAUCAAGUCAACAAACGGCACUCUCACAUGGGAGGUAUCAUAUCCUCCAUUCGACAUGGUCUUGCCCAUGAACAUGAGCGUCUCCCUGAGAAAUCUGGCGCCGCGACGACCUACCCAGACACCAACAGUUCCGAAGGAUCCAGUCCCCGGGAACAAGUGGCCUGGAAUGACGAAGAAUCCAUCAGUCCUGCCAUUGAAGCACGCAGAAUGUCCGAGAACAACGAGAACAACAUGGGCGAGAAAUCACAUCAGGCGCCGUCCGCCUGGGGCUGGCCUGGAUUAGGGUCGUGGCCAGAGCGCGAAAGGCCACGGACAAAGGUUGGAAAGAUGAGCGAGAAAGAGCGAACCUUGGGCCUGGAGCCGAGACUCGAGGCUGCUACGCUGGAAGCCAUUGAUAUGGCAGCAGAAACAGACACUUUUGGCUGGCCUGGCCUUGGUUAUUGGCCCGAAUCUAGGAAGUAGGGACUGCAAGGCGCUGUUCGUCUAUCCACAUUAUAUUGACGAGGCACCAUCAUCAGUCUCCUGUUUCUGGAGCAUUUAAAUGCCCGCUCUUCUCAGAUGCUUCUCAACCUCUCACAUUUGACCCAGCGGACGGAUCAUUUUUCUUCAGGUUGAUCUAUUUCCAAGGAGCAAGAUUGCCACAUACAGCAUUUUACUCCACCAAACAACAACGGCAGGACUUGUCCACCAAAGUUCACAAGGGUCCCGCUUGAUUGCCUCGACGCCGCAACCAGAGUCUUCGAGAUACCCUCGGCAUCGGUGUCUGCGGUCAUGCAGCCCUGGUAAUGGCAGACCGAAUCAGAAUGGAUCGCGUCAAGGCUCUUCGACGUGAAGUCAUUCUAGCAGUCGAUUCAAGGUCGCUUUACACGCUCCACAGACGGGGAGUCGAGCUGGACAACAAUGAUCCUAGACCCAAUACCAACGGGCAGUGCGGAUAGUUCAAGGGUCGACUUUUCAACGUCACGAACCAUAUCAGCCACGGUCGUGGAGGGAUUCGAGAGAACAAGAGAGACUGACUGUUUACCAAACUAGCAGUUGGCUCCAGUUGUAGUUAGAUAGGUGCCGUUGGGCGCCAUACUCUCCCGUAUCGUAUACGUUAUGAAGGUUUACGUGAGGGUGGGCAGGAUCUCUAUAAAUAGGAUCACAUCGUUGAAAGGUCGAGAUUUAGUGACGAGAUAUUGCUGAGAUAUUGCUCUUUCCAAUCUCAGAAGAUAUCACAUGUAUUUCACAUACUCGAGAUGAUCUUUUAUGACUGGUUAAUUCUCCGACAUUCCACAACAGAUACUUGUCGGUAAUGUUUUCACAAAGACCUCAAUCCAUUUCCGACAAAUCGAGCAUUUCCAUGUCUCAAUCACGAACAUAACCUGCCCAAACUUGCCUAAAUCCUAAGCACUCAUAGAGCAGUCCGUAGGUCAUGGGGUUGCUAAUGGUAUCAAUCACAUAGUGUCAUUUGUUGACUGUGAUUCGCUCAAUCGGCUCUCCGUGCUUACUUUGCCAUCUCCUGCGAGAUACUGUACAUCGAUAUCUGGUAACCGACUACCGCUUUCCCAUGCUACCCAACAGAGACCAAUCACGAUUUAGAAGGUGGAAACCGAGCUCUUGGGUUUCCAAACAUGAAAUACUCGAUGAUAGGGGUGGAAUGAGGC